UUUUCAAGAUAAAUACUACAUGGAGUGUGUUUAUUUUGUAUUUUGAUUUGAAAUAAUAUUUUUGUACGUAAAAUAUAGAGAAUUGUAUAAGUGAUAUAAAAUUAAUAAAUGUGUAUAGUAUAUUAAUUUUUAUGUGAUGUAUAAAAUCCUUUUUAUACACUUACAAAUACAUACGUACAUACAUCUUAAACAGCUCACACUGCAAUAUCUAUAAAAGACACUGACUGUCACCCACCUUUGCUUUUUCUUGCUUUUUUCUAUUUAAACUAUUCCUAAAUUUAAAUUUAUAUUCUCUACUAACACUUUAUUUAUUUUCAAUUAUUUUAUUCUAUAUUUUAAAAUUAUUGUAGUAUUUUAUUAUGUCGCAGUGACCUUUUCUCGUGUUAUAUUUAUUAUCACUAACAUUCCUCAAAAUUAAUGCAAUAUAUGAAAUCAAAUCAAAUAUGAGAAUAAUUGACCUGCACGAAAUCGACGCCGCCACGGCGAGCUUCUCCGCCGCGCGCCUCGUCGGAAAAGGCAGCCAUGGCAGCGUCUACAAAGGAAUCCUCGCCGACGGUACACUCGUCGCCGUCAAAAAGCAGUCCUCAGGUCUACGGAAGCUCCACGACAACACGAAGCUCGAGAACGAAGCGCGUAUUCUCUCCGCGCUUCGUCCGAAUCCACAGCUCAUCGUCGAUCUCGUCGGCGUCGGCCGCGGCGACUCCGGCGACACGAUUCUCGUCGCCGAGUACCUCCCCAACGGUACGCUUCACGAUCUCCUCCACCGCUCGGCCGCGCCGCCGCCUACGUGGCGUAACCGCCUCGAAAUCGCGCUACAACUCGCGAGAGCGGCGCGUUUCCUCCACGCGCCGGACGCUUCCGUCGUUCACCGAGAUAUCAAGCCGGCGAACAUUCUCCUCGACGGAGAUUGGAACGCGAAACUCGCCGAUUUCGGACUGGCGGUGAGAUUGGACGGCGGCGCGGACGUCCUUCCCGCCGGCACGAUAGGUUACAUCGACCCUAACUACACGGCGCCGGAGAAGCUGAGCACGAAAAUCGACGUCUACAGCUACGGCGUCGUUUUGCUGGAGUUGAUUUCGGGGAGGAAAGCCAUCGACGUGGCUAAAUCUCCGGCGUCGGUGGUGGAGUGGGCGCUGCCGUUGAUAAAACGACGCCGUACGCACCAAGUGUGCGAUUCUAGGGUUCGUUUGCCGCCGGACAUGGAAGGCUCCGUCGAGCUUUUGCUAGGGACGGCGGCGCGUUGCCUGUCGCCGGUGGAGGCUCUCCGUCCUCCGAUGAGCGAAAUUGUGGCGGAGCUAGAGUAUUUCACGGCGGCGCCGGCGCCGAUUCGAGCGGUCCCCCUGUGGUUGAAUUAUAUUUGGGCAGUUACGAUUAUGAGAGGAAGAAAAUUAAUAUCUGGUGGGAAAGAUAAUUGUGAUUUGAGGAGUAAAAGUUCUAUAGCAAAAUUGUCAUGGGUCUAUAUUGUAAAUAAAUAUAUUUGUGGGUUUGAUACCCCAUUUUAAUUUA